AUGACACCACCACCACCACUCUUCCACGCCCUCCUCCGCCCGGCCGUCCUCCAGAUCCUGCGCGCCACGGGCUACCACAGCGCCAAGACUUCCGUCAUCGACUCGGUCACCGACCUCGCCGCGCGCUACUUCCUACACCUAUGCCAGCUGACGGCCGUCUACGCGGCGCACAACAACGAGGACCUCCCGCCGUCAUCACUACUAUCAUUACUAGGCCCCCCGCACCACCCCACCGCGAACGGCCACGGCAGCAGCCGCAGCAGCACCAUCGGUGACGUCGACGGCGACGGCCAGGGCGGGGGCCAGGGCCAGGGUGGGGGCGUCGGCGGUGUGUCUGUGUCUGUGCCUGCGCCAGCACCAGCGCCCGCGACGACGGGCGCGGCCGUGGUGAACCCGGUGAUUCCCGCGCCGACUAUCGUCGACGUGCGCAUGGCGCUGCAGCGAUCUGGUGCGUUGCUGCCCGAGCGGUUGCCUGAGGAGCAGGAGUAUUUGGGGGAGGAGGACAUGCGUGGCGUGGAGAAUUUCAUUGCGUGGGCGAUGGGGUCGUUCAAUAAGGAGAUUAGUAGGAUCGCGCUGGAUGGGGUGGAUGAGGCGGGGGAUUAUUUGGAUGCCUUGAAGAAGAAGCACAGCAAGAACGACGACGACUCGAAAUAUCUCGGCACGCUACUCGGCAAGAGCAUCGAGCACGGUGAUGUGCUGGUCGAAGGGGGCGAGUGCCCCAGCAUUUUCGUUUGGGAGGAACGGAGGCGGAUCGCCGGCCAGAAAACGCCUGAGCCCCCGGUUCUGCAAAAUCACCUCGGGAAAGUUAAUGGGGAUGGCGACAGGGAGGAGUCACGGCCGCCUAGUUCGGGGCUGAGCUCUCUCGGCGAUCGCAGCAUUGCGGAUGAGAUGGACCUGUCAUGA